AUGAGCGCCGCCUCCAUCCGUACACCCGUGGCGCGCGCCCAUUCGCACACCUCCUCUAUUAGCGGCCUCAGUAUCACCACGGAUUCCGACGUGCUAACUUCUGUUCUUUUCCGCGGGGCCCUGCUUUCCCACAACUCACUUAGCGACCUGGUCCUGAGCCCCCAGUAUGUGCGUGCAGACGCUCCUAAUAUGUCGGGGUCCAGCACGGGCUCUGCCAUGGGCACCAAUAUGGACCAUCUCAUGGACCUGACUACAGGCGCUAUGGACCAUUCCAUGAGCGCCAGUAGGGGCUACUCUGACGGCGCUUAUGUGGACUCCCCGGGGGGCACAAAUAUGGCCCCCAAUGCAGGCCCCGUUGCAAGCCCUUCCCGAAGCACCCGCGCCGGCCGCGCCGCGCACGUGAUUUCCCGCGGCGCCGCGCCGCACUACCGCAGCGUGCCGCCCAAGUCCGCAACACCCAUGUUGGAGCACGUGUCCACGCUGCUGCUCCUGUCCGGCUCCGUGGCCGCAUCCAUCCCCUUCUACGACCUCUCCCACUACAGCCCGCUGUUGAACACGCUCAACUUGCUCCAGCUGGACGACUCUGGCCAGGUUGUCGAGGGUGCCUAUGUGCACCGCGAGAGUGGCUCCCACAGCCCCACUGCGCUGCUCCUGGACCAGUUCAACCAGGUGCCGCCCCGCUUCUCGCGCUUCAUCUUGGACCAGCGUUCCGCCGCCACCGUGCCCGCGCCACCUAGCUCCAGGGACAUCUCGUGGCUGAUGGGCUCGCAGGCCACCGUGUUCUCCACGCGUGCGGACGGCCCGCGGAGACGCCAUCGCUCCGUGAAAGCCACGCGCAUGGACUCCACCGCCGGCGCCCCGGAAACCGCUCUGCUGCUCACGCGCCGCAGAGUCAUCCGCUUUAAGCCCGGUGGUCGGCUUUACAGGCUCCGCCUCACGCUCCGCAAGCUCGCGUUGCGGCUUCGUCGUCGUCUCGGCGCUGUGCGCACGUUCUUCGCGGCACCACGCAAGGCAUCGUCUAAGGUCCAGACCGCGGCCGCAAGGCCUUUCUUCGGGCGCCAGCGGCUGGUCCGCCAGGCCGCUGCGUCGCGCACCGGGCACAUUUCUGCGCCACUCGCGAAUCCGGGAUUGGGCGCUGCUGGUGGCGCGCUGCGCGUCGCGGGGCUCACAGGGGAGCUCAAAGCCAUGGCUGGUUUCACAAAGCCAGGUAGUAAAUCCCCGCGCGCAACGACCCCUGGGCGGACCUCCUUGGCCAGAUAUGUGUCGGAAGAGAGACGCGCAAGCUCGCGUAACCUUGCGUCCGAGGCUGCCGCCCUGGACUCUUCAGCGCCGCCACCGCCCCCACCACACGUGGACGCGCUGUUUCGUAGAUUGAUAUCGGGAGCCACAGAGCGCUCGGCGUUGCAAGGCGUGUGGCGACAGUACCUCGCCAAUGUUCUUGCUCUGAGGAUUCGCUUGAGACAGGAGGUUCACUUGUACCAGCGUCUCUUGGCAGAACAGCCCAUCGCAGGCACUCCAAAGACGCUCCCAAGGACUGUGAAAACGCAACGAGCAACGACUCGGUCCCCUGCAAGGUGGCUGGCAAGCAUCGCUGAUAUUAAGAGCUACAGGGCCAGCAUUGUUCCCGGCAAGUCCAGCUCGACGGAGAGCGAGCACGACUCACUCCUCUUGAAUGCCACUGCAUCCAGCAUGGCUCGUGCACCCGUUUCUGAAACGCACUCGCGGUUUACCACUGACACCCGGAAAGCGUCCGCCACAAGUGCGAUACAGACAGUCAGCGAUUUCUCAUCCUCUUCAGUCGGGUCAGAAAGCGAUGAAGAAUCUAUUGACGAGAAAAUUGACCGGCUUCAGCAAGUCCUCAACCGCCGUUCUAUGUUGGGGCAGAUGCUUGAUUACGACUCCGACGAGCUCGACUCCCUGGCUAGCUCCACGUUUUCUUGCGAAUUGCUGGAAAUAUCUGUACAAGAAUCAAGGAGAGGACAAGGGAGUAAAUCCCCUCAACCUGCUGACACCCAGCUUAUCAAAAGGUACGGCACACUCCGGAGGCGUCCUACGGAUAAGAGCUCUUUCUACGGGAGUUCCAAUGAGUCCUCACCCAGCCCCGACAGUCAUAGUACGGAGAUUGGAGUUAUGUCGAGGUCCCCAGGUUUCAGUAAUUUGCAGAUCGUGUCGGCGCUUCCCGAAGAAUGCUAG